GGAGAUGGACGGAUAGACAUCAGACACUUUGUCAUUGCACUGUCCACUGUUCAUCAACCAUCAAAGUCAAUGGAGACCCUCAAACUGGCCUUCAAGAUGUAUGAGAUCGAGGAGGGCGGGGACGUCAAAGAGGAGGACCUCGCCACCAUCUUGGAAAUAAUGCUGGGAGUGAAAGAGGUGGAGCUCUCAGGUCUGUUUUUAUCGCUCGACAGACCUGACACGGAGAGGAUCACAUACGAUGAACUUCGUCAUUUUAUUCUGCAGCAUCCUUACUUCGUCCAGGAACAUCUCGACUUUAAAGAUCAUCCACGCAAAUUCUGCAUCAAACCCCCGAAGAGCUGCAAUGGCCACAACCACGACAAAGACGCCUGAAUGACGAGAUAUCCGACCGCUCUAUUUACCUUUUGUGUCUGAUGUAAUCACCUCAUGCUGCAGCUUGCCUAGCACCUCUGUGCCUUUAUGUGCCAGUGGGGAGAAUAACAAGGAGAAUAAUAAAGGUGUUAUGAAGUGUGA